GGCGGAGAGCGCCGCGGAGAGCCGAGCGGGCGGGCGGCGGGUGCGGAGCGGGAGCGAGCGCGCGGCCGCCACAAAGCUCGGGCGCCGCGGGGCUGCAUGCGGCUACCUGGCCCGGCGCGGCGACUCCUCUGCGGGCCGGCGGGGGCCGGCCGCGAGCCCCGGGGGCCGGGAGGCCGCAGCUCUCCUGCGCGCGCUGAGCGUUCGCAACUUGCAAGCAAAGCUUGGUGGAGGAAACGCCGAGCCUGAGUCCUUUCUUCCUCUCGCUCCCCAAAUCCGAGGGCAGCUCGCGGGCGUCAUGCCCGCGCUCCUCCGCAGCCCGGGGCGCGCGUGAAGCCUCGAAGCCUUGGCACCGGCGGGGACGCAAGGACCACUUUUACUGAAGUUGCCCCGGAGCUCGUCGCUUGCUCCUCCCGACCCACGCGGGGCGCGGGACAGACCCAUCGCGGAGGAGCGUUGCCAUUCAAGCAGAAGCAGUAGCAGUAGCAGCAGCACCUCGGUCCCUGAGCCCACCGCAGGCGGAAGGCAUUGCUGGCAGUCCAUGCGCGUGGAGGAAGUGUGCAGAUGGGAUUAACGUCCAUAUGGAGAUAUGGAAGAGGACCGGGGAUUGGCAUUGUAACCAUGGUCAGCUGGGGCCACUUCAUCUUCCUGGUCGUGGUCACCAUGGCAACCUUGUCCCUGGCCCGGCCCUCAUUCAAUUUAGUUGAGGAUACCACAUUAGAGCCAGAAGAGCCACCAACCAAAUACCAAAUCUCUCAACCAGAAGUUUACGUGGCCGCACCAGGGGAGUCGCUAGAGUUGCGCUGCCUGUUGAAAGAUGCCACCAUGAUCAGUUGGACUAAGGAUGGGGUACACGUGGGGCCCAACAAUAGGACAGUGCUUAUUGGGGAAUACUUGCAGAUAAAAGGCGCCACGCCUAGAGACUCCGGCCUCUAUGCUUGUACUGCCGCUAGGACUGUAGACAGUGACACUUGGUACUUCAUGGUGAAUGUCACAGAUGCCAUCUCAUCCGGAGAUGACGAGGACGACACAGAUGGCCCUGAGGAUUUUGUCAGUGAGAACAGUAACAACAAGAGAGCACCGUACUGGACAAACACAGAAAAGAUGGAAAAACGGCUGCAUGCUGUUCCUGCAGCCAAUACUGUCAAGUUUCGCUGCCCAGCUGGGGGGAAUCCAACACCAACCAUGAGGUGGCUGAAAAACGGAAAGGAAUUUAAGCAGGAGCAUCGCAUUGGAGGCUACAAGGUACGAAACCAGCAUUGGAGCCUCAUCAUGGAAAGCGUGGUCCCGUCUGACAAAGGCAAUUACACCUGCGUGGUGGAGAAUGGCUACGGGUCCAUCAACCACACCUACCACCUCGAUGUCGUGGAGCGGUCGCCUCACCGGCCCAUCCUCCAAGCUGGACUGCCGGCGAACGCCUCCACGGUGGUCGGAGGUGACGUGGAGUUCGUCUGCAAAGUUUACAGCGACGCCCAGCCCCACAUCCAGUGGAUCAAGCAUGUCGAGAAGAAUGGCAGUAAAUACGGGCCCGACGGGCUGCCCUACCUCAAGGUUCUCAAGCACUCGGGGAUAAAUAGUUCCAAUGCAGAAGUGCUGGCUCUGUUCAAUGUGACUGAGGCGGACGCUGGGGAGUAUAUAUGUAAGGUCUCCAAUUAUAUAGGGCAGGCCAACCAGUCUGCCUGGCUCACUGUGCUGCCAAAACAGCAAGCUCCCGUAAGAGAAAAGGAGAUCACAGCUUCCCCAGACUACCUGGAGAUAGCCAUUUACUGCAUAGGGGUCUUCUUAAUCGCCUGUAUGGUGGUCACAGUCAUCCUGUGCCGAAUGAAGACCACGGCGAAGAAGCCGGACUUCAGCAGCCAGCCAGCUGUGCACAAGCUGACCAAGCGCAUCCCCCUGCGGAGACAGGUUUCUGCUGAGUCCAGCUCCUCCAUGAACUCCAACACCCCACUGGUGAGGAUAACAACACGCCUCUCCUCAACAGCGGACACCCCCAUGCUGGCGGGGGUUUCUGAGUAUGAGCUGCCAGAGGACCCAAAAUGGGAGUUUCCAAGAGAUAAGCUGACGCUGGGCAAACCCCUGGGGGAAGGCUGCUUCGGGCAAGUGGUCAUGGCAGAAGCGGUGGGGAUCGACAAAGAUAAGGCCAAGGAGGCGGUCACCGUGGCAGUGAAGAUGUUGAAAGAUGACGCCACGGAGAAAGACCUUUCUGAUCUGGUGUCAGAGAUGGAGAUGAUGAAGAUGAUUGGAAAACACAAAAAUAUCAUAAAUCUUCUUGGAGCCUGCACGCAGGAUGGACCGCUCUACGUCAUAGUCGAGUAUGCCUCGAAAGGCAACCUCCGAGAAUACCUCCGAGCCCGGAGGCCACCCGGGAUGGAGUACUCCUAUGACAUUAACCGUGUUCCCGAGGAGCAGAUGACCUUCAAGGACUUGGUGUCAUGCACCUACCAGCUGGCUAGAGGCAUGGAGUACUUGGCUUCCCAAAAAGUGAGUUCUUCACAUUCGACUUGGUUGGACAGAAUCCAGUUAAAAAUGUCUUUGAAGAAAACAGGCACUUUGGAUGGGCGACUGCCGGUCAAGUGGAUGGCUCCAGAAGCCCUUUUUGAUAGAGUGUACACGCAUCAGAGUGAUGUCUGGUCCUUUGGGGUGUUAAUGUGGGAGAUCUUCACUUUAGGGGGCUCGCCCUACCCGGGGAUUCCUGUGGAGGAACUUUUUAAGCUGCUGAAGGAAGGACACAGGAUGGAUAAGCCGGCUAACUGCACCAAUGAACUGUAUAUGAUGAUGAGGGACUGUUGGCAUGCAGUGCCCUCCCAGAGACCGACGUUCAAGCAGUUGGUGGAGGACUUAGACCGGAUUCUCACGCUCACAACCAAUGAGGAAUACUUGGACCUCACUCAGCCUCUCGAACAGUAUUCUCCUAGUUCCCCUGACACAAGGAGUUCUUGUUCUUCAGGAGAUGACUCUGUUUUCUCUCCAGACCCCAUGCCUUACGAACCAUGCCUUCCUCAGUAUCCACACAGAAACGGCAGUGUUAAAACAUGAGUGAGCGUGUCUGCCUGUCCCCAAACAGGACAGCGCCAGGAACCGACCUACACUGAGCAGGGAGGCCACGCCUCCGAGAGCUUCUUGUCUCCGCUUGUAUAUAUGGAUCAGAGGAGUAAAUAAUUGGAAAAGUAAUCGGCACAUGUGUAAAGAUGUAUACAAUUGAAAACUUGUAAUCUUCACCAGGAGAAGAAUGCUUCUGGAUGGAUGGACUGCCACAGGCCACCACGCGACCCCUCUGACCCGCCGCGGACACUGGCUGUGGACCAGUCGGACUCAAGGCAGACGCCCGUUCUGCCUUCCUUGUUAAUUUUGUAAUAAUUGGAGAAAAUAUAUGUCAGCACACAUUUACAGAGCACAAAUGCAGUAUAUAGGUGCUGGAUGUAUGUAAAUAUAUUCAAAUUAUGUAUAAAUAUAUAUUAUAUAUUUACAAGGAAUUAUUUUUUGUAUUGAUUUUAAAUGGAUCUCCCAAUGCAUCUAGAAAAUUGGUCUCCUUUUUUUUAAUAGCUAUUUGCUAAAUGCUGUUCUUACACAGAAUUUCUUAAUUUUCACCGAGCAGAGGUGGAAAAAUACUUUUGCUUUCAGGGAAAAUGGUAUAACAUUAAUUUAUUAAUGAAUUGGUAAUAUACAAAACAAUUAAUCAUUUAUAGUUUUUUUUGUAAUUUAAGUGGCAUUUCUAUGCAGGCAGCGCAGCAGACUAGUUAAUCUAUUGCUUGGACUUAACUAGUUAUCAGAUCCUUUGAGAAGAGAAAUAUUUACAAUAUAUGACUAAUUUGGGAAAAAUGAAGUUUUGAUUUAUUUUUGUUUAAACUCUGCUGUCAGAUGAUUGUUCUUAACAGCCCCCAAAUGCCCAUAGUAAAAGGACCCGUUAAUAGGAAGGUGUUUCAUUUUGUAUGCAGCUCUGUCAUUGGGCCAAUGCGACAUUUAACUGGACUUCCCAUGACAAAUGGCACCAGUGUCCUCUUUAAAAGAUGCCUUAAUCCAUUCCUAGAGGACAGGCUGGAGCUGAGAUGACAGCGAGAGCACUUCUCCCCGGCGGCUGGCCUUCUACCCCUGGGUUGCACAUUAAUCAGAUUAGCCUGUAUUCUCCUCAGUGCAUUUUGAUAAUGGCUUCCAGAUUCCUUGGCAUUAGAGAAGCGUUUUAGGAUCUUCAAGUCCCAUCAUAGAGAAAUGAAACACAAAGUUGUUCUGCUGAUAAUGUUGGGGGGAUGCUUCCAUUUUUUUUAAGGGAUUGCUUCCAUCUGAUUUUGGUAGGACCUCACCCAAAGAUCCUGCCUGAUACCUACGCCAGACAAAACAUCGCCGUUUAGUACAUUCUGUAUUAAAGUAUUGUGUUUUGCUUUCGAAACACCCACUCACUUUGCUAUAGCCAUGCAACGUGAAUGCAGAUGACACUGAUUUUACGUGUUACAAAAUUGGAGAAUAUUUAAUAAAACUUGUUAAUUUUUAUACUGACAAUAAAAAUGUUUCUACGGAUAUUAAUGUUAACAAGACAAAAUAAAUGUCACGCAGCUUAUUUUUUUAA